GGCAUAAACAAAGAUGGCGGCCCCAAAGAAAUAUGGUCUCAUCCUGCCGAAGACUAAGCAGGGUCCUGGGGUGCAGAAGGCGGCGCCGUCUAACGUCUUCGGAGACGAUAGCGACGAUGAACAUUCUAAAACCAACAUCGAAGAAAUGAUUAAAAAAGAAUCGAUAAGGAACCUGAAGCGACUCGAAACCCAGACGACCAUGCAAAAGGCUCUUGAUCAGGACGCUAAGGUUUUCGAAUACGAUGAGAUCUACGACGACAUGAAAGCCGAGAAAGAGGCUCAGGACAUCUCUAACAAAGUCAUCACGAAAGACAGGAAGCCGAAGUACAUCGACGACUUGCUGAAGAAUGCUGCGAUUAGGAAAAAAGAAGACGAACGCCGUCAGCAGCGGAAGAUUCAGAAAGAACGUGAGGAAGAGAAAAACGAAUUAGGGGACAAAGAAGCUUUCGUCACUUCAGCCUACAAGAAGAAGAUGGAGGAAAUGAAACGAGAGGAAGAGGAAACCAAACGCCGGGAACAACUCGAAGACAUGAUGGACGUGACGAAACAGAAAGACCUGACCGGCUUCUAUAGACAUCUGUUGAAACAACAAUGCGGUGAGGAGAAGGUCCCGGGACAGAGGUCAGUGACGGUUCCGGAAGAGCCGGAGAAGCCCGAAGCCGCUGUCGAAGCGGUGCCCAGUAGCUCGAAGCAUUUCUCCAAGGAUCCGGAUGCGGAUACGGAUAUCGAGAUGAGCAGCGACGAAGAGGAAGCAGUCAAAGCCAAACGCAAGCCUGUCACUCGAACAUACAGGAAGCGAAAACAAGAGAGCGAUUCCGAAGACGAACCCACGAAUCAAGACGCCGAUGAGAGCAUCGAAGAAAGUUCAUCAGAGUCCGAAGACGAGGACGAGGCCAAGACCACGAAGAAGAAGGAGGAUAAGAGCGGAUCUGGGGAUCAGAUCAACGACGAAUCCGAGGACAAGCCCGAAGCGCAACAACGGAAGCCGAAGGACUGGAGAGAGCUCAUGACGAAAAGAAGCGUCAGGGAAAAGUUCGAAAGUGCGCGUGAGCGCUUCCUCCUCCGUCAACGGGGCGUCGCUGCUCAAUGAGGGUGGACGUCUCUCCAUGUACAAUCUUGUAACAAAACUCUCUCGUGUAUAAAACCUGUU